GGUUUUAGUUUGGCUAGAACGCCUGUUGGGAAAUUAGCGUGCUUUCGUUUUGAGCACCUGGUUUACAAAAGCAGAUUUUUUUUUCUUUUAAACUAAGAAAUAUUCGGCAAGUAAAUAAAGAAGGGGGAUCGGCGGGAUCGGUUGGAACUGAAAGGAGGUGCGAUUUAGAUUUAAGCAAAAGGAGCCGGAUCUGGAAGGACGAAGUGACGCCGCCACAGCCGGACAAGAAUUCUUCGGGCUCCCUGAUGGCCAUGGCCGUGGAUUUUAAGACUUAUGCAGACCAGGCAUGCAAAGCUGCCGAGGAAUUUGUCAAUAUUUAUUAUGAGACGAUGGACAAAAGAAGAAGGGCACUUGUCAGGCUGUAUCUGGACAAGGCCACUAUAGUAUGGAAUGGAAAUGUUGUUGUGGGUCUGGACGCAAUAAAUAACUUCUUAGAGAUGUUGCCUUCUAGUGAGUUCCAGGUUAAUACGUUAGAUUGCCAACCAGUACAUGAGCAAGCUACACAGUCCCAGAAUACAGUUCUUGUGGUGACCAGUGGAACCGUGAAAUUUGAUGGAAACAGACAGCACUACUUCAACCAGAACUUCCUGCUGACUGCUCAAGCCACUCCUAGCAGCACCGUGUGGAAGAUUGCAAGUGACUGCUUCCGUUUUCAAGACUGGGCUAAUAGUUAAAAGGGCAAAAGUCAAUUUUUUGGUCCUUUCGGUCCAGCAACAGAAUUGUAAAAGCACUAUAAAUUAGUAUGUUCUGAAACUAAAAUUCUUCAAUAUUUUCUUAUUCCUAGUAGCAUGUUUUCUAGUAACUACCAGUUUGGAUUGUUGCCCUUAAGAGCUUUAAUGCUAGUUUUUGCCAUGCCUUUUAUACAUUCCACUGAUGACAUUCUCAAAGUAUUAUUCGACAUAUAAUUGUGGUACUAACAUACUCACUGUGAACCCAGCCUAUUGCAAAAAUCCUUUUGUAAUACUAUCUGUGGGAUGUCAGCACAACCUAACACUCUGGGAGGAAGUAGAAUUUUUUUGAUUAUUAUUUUUGUAGUAAAACUUGCCUAUUUUCAGUUAAUACUCAUAAUGCAGUUUUUAAUAUGUAAGUAUAGCCUUUUCAGGUCAGUUCAAUUUAGGUUUACCUAAAUACUCUGACAUAUUAAAAUUCAAUGUGGAGAUGUUCAACAGUCUUUUUUCAUACUAAAUUUUCUUAUGUUGACAUGUUUCCUUAUCAAGUGAGUUAACUAGAGAGGUGAAAAUUAUUUUCUCUUGAUACCGAACCCUUAAGUACACUUGGCUUAAAAGCAAAACCUAAAAACAUUUUUCUUGGCAGCUCCAGGUCUGUAUAUUUAGGGAAUGUGUAAUAGCAGAACUGGUGUUUUUAAUGUGAGAAAGAGGAAAUGCAAAAAUCCAAGGUUAAAGACAAAAAUAAAGUGGGGAUGACCCAGUGGUAACAUUUUGGUACUUGGUUUCUACCUUCUACAAAGGUUCUGAGAAUUGUCAUCAAUAUAUAUCUCAAUUUAUUCAAGAAUGGGGGUAAAAUGUCAGCAAUAAGCCUGACCUGACAGGGUCUACCAGGAAAGUUGGAAACAAAGCCAUUCGUCUCUCUUUGUUAUACCCUUAACUUCUAAGUCUUCCAUUUAAACUUCAGGCUCAGAGACUUUUAUGUAUUACCCACCCCCAAAUGAGUGGUUUCCCCGCCCUAUGCUUUGUACUGUCAGCUGUAUCAUCUAGUAUUUUAAUUAAAGUUGAUUUUAUGAUUUAUUCUUCCAUAUGGCAUUGGACAAAGAGAUCUGUCUUAAAACAGUUUUCUCUUAUGUGACUAAGCCUUUGGCUUUUAAAAGGGAAAACAGAACAAUAGAUAAUCAUGAUAACUUUCAAAAGAACAAAAUAAUUUUUAUGUCUAUACUUCUGAAGCAAAAAAACCUGGCUGUGAUUUUUGGGUAAAACUUGCUAGUCUUUGCAAUUUUGUAAUGUUUUUAAGCUAGACAUGCAGCUUUGUUUAUACAUUACAGCCAAAAUUAAUGUUUUUAUUAAAUUCAUUUAGUCUUGCAGAAAACUAUACACUGUAUUUCUGAUAUAUUACCAAAACAAACUUAAAUAGUGGAAGGGGAUGGAACUGAUAUUUAAACCGCACCUUCUUGUUGAGCCAAUCAGAAUUGACACAUUAUGGUAUUCUACUCAAAAGUGAGGUGAUUCUUAUCUUAGAUUUUUUUAAACAACAGCUUUAGCAACAAUAAAAAAUGCCCAAAUAUUGUCCUUUUCAUUGUAGAGAACAAUCACAAAUAAAAGCUGUGUAUAAGUAGCAAUAACUGAACAGCUGUAAAUUACUUUCUCUAAACUAUAACUUUGAAAUGGAUGGACAUGCUCUUGUAUGGACUAGACUGUAUUUUUGACAUGCUCAUAUUUUUAUAACUUGAAAAAUAAAGUUUGCCUGUGGCAAGUUUUCUCAAUAA